CAUGAAUGGUUGACAGGGGAGUAGCCCGAGCCAGUGGAUGACACGAAAUGCGUUUUAUUAAUGUCGGGAAUGCCGAGGUAUGCUAGUUUGUAUUUCUGCUGUGCAAUAGAAGACCAGGAUAAUGAGCUCCUGACACUAGAGGUCGUUCAUCGAUAUGUGGAGCUCCUGGACAGAUACUUUGGAAACGUGUGCGAACUGGAUAUUAUCUUUAAUUUUGAAAAAGCUUAUUUUAUUCUUGAUGAGUUUAUAAUUGGUGGAGAAGUACAAGAGACUUCAAAGAAGACUGCAGUGAAAGCCAUAGAAGAGUCUGACAUGCUGCAGGAGACAGUGGAAGAAUACAUGAACAAGCCUGCAUUUUGAUGCUUAACUACCUGCAGAGAAAACUGCUGUAUGCACCCCUAAAGUGCACUUCCUGAAAUUGCUUCCCAAUGUGCCAGAUCCUCAGAGAAAUACCAAAAACCAAUAACUGAAGGGGUUUGUUUGUAUAAUGGUGAAGAUGAAGGUCAGCUAAUGUAGCAAAGGGUUUAACAAUUCUGUUUAACAAUUCCUUGCAUUACUCUGUAUGUGAGUUUCUCAGAGUUGUUACUACCCCCAUCUAGUUUCUCCUCUCCUUGCUGGACUCAGCUCUCGUUUUGCACCAAGUCUUUUAGCUACGGGUUUUGUCAUCACAAAGUGCUCCUCUGACAAUACUUUGAAGAGGUGUUUUUACUAGUUUUGUUCACUGCUGACUGUAUGACUCUACUUUUGUACAAAUGUCCAUUAUUUUGAAUGUAA